GGCCCGGCCCGGCCGUCAAGGAAAAAAGAAACCACAACACAAAAAUCAUCUGCUGCUCGUAUCUCAUUUCUCAAAAUUUUGAAAUUUUUUGAAAUAAUUGCAAUUUAGCAAUUAACUAAAUUCUAAUUUAGGGUGUCAAGAUGGACACACAAGUUAGCCAACGUGUCAACAAGUUAUACCAACAACUUAAUGUUUUACAAGAGUUUAUCGAACUCAAAUUUGGUUCAGAUUACAAAGAAUUCCAAAAAUUCAAAGCCGCCAAUCCCACCAAAGUGAAAAUGGUGGUGGAAGUAGAUUCCAGCAACCUGAACUUUGACCCUCGACCCAACCAGUCACUCCUCCCCCAUUGGGACAACAACGUCGCGGGAGACGAGGGGGACGUCAAGGUAGAAAUCGUCACCCGUGACGAUGAUGACGACGACGAUGACGACGACGGGGAUGAAGAUGACCUCGCAGUCGGACAGGAUCCGCUAAUUAAUUCGGGCCCUUCCAUCAUUUAUGGCAACAAUUGCUCCCCUGGGACUAGUGCAGCAAAUAAUCUUAGUCUACUCGGACCCUACAACGCGGACGAGAUGGAUAAUUACAAACAAGUCUUGAUGUGGCACAUCGAGUCAAGUCAGCAACUCAGCGAUCUCGUGUGCGACGUAAAUGCCAAGAAUUACGUCGAGGCGGCCACCGCAUCCACACUCAUUAAAGAGUUUGUCGGUAAAUUGGUCCAAAUUAAGGGGGAUUCUCCUUCCUCCCGAGAACAAAAGUUAUUUGCCAUGGCGAUCGUAGAAAUCAUUCCGGCAUGGCGUUAUCCUGGAACACCGGAUGGAAUUGAUAUUUUAUACGACGAGGUCAACCGAUCCGGCCUGAUUCAAGCCAAACUUCGGAAUAUUCAUAAAAGUAUGAAAUCUAACAAUAGAACUGCGGAACCCCCGAGAAAAAGGUCCAUCGUGGAUUCUGGGGGCCCAAAAGCUAAAAAACCAGCCAAAGUAGUCGAAGAGCUGCCACCCAUGCCCACCACGGAUUUUCAACCCCUUAUUCAACAAUUAAAUGCGGCCUGUCCUCAGACAGGAUUUUUAGAAAUCAAGAAACUCAUGUCGGAAACUUUGGCGCAUAGAAACCAUCUGCGACGCACGAAUAAUGACGCCAUUCUCAAAUUAUAUCCUAAAUUUAAACACUGCAAUUUUCUGGUCAAUUUCGAAUUUUCCCUACUGUUUCAAGACGCAUCGCACAAAUUCCUUCAAAUUUGGCCAAAGUUCGCUAAGCGAUUACUCGAUCAUGUCAAGCAAAUAAAACAGACGCCCGCAAUGGCCAAAUUUUUUGCGACAGAAGCUGAUAAAUGGGACGAGUCAAUUCUUGCCUUGUUAACUUUGCUGCAAUUCAUUCCCCCCGCGGCGCAGGGGAAGGGGAAAGGUGGCCGCGCAAAAAUUGAGGACGCGCGUGACCUCGUCGUCACAUUUUAUCCUACCGGAACGCCAUAUCAUUCCAUCCUGGACACGUGGAAGGCUGAAAAAACGCAGCCCAACCUGGUCUGCAUGGGCACCUCGACGUCCACGAUUUCCUCCUAUUUCAUCAUCUCGGAUCGCACCAUGAUUCCGAUCGAGGCGACCACGUCCACCGAAGCGAUCGACACCCUGUUCAAGACGCACUACGUUUUCGCGGCCGAGUACGACAAGAAUCUAGUCGGACUUUGGAAGUUUAUCCAAGUCUACAUUUACCAGUUGGACGUUACCACGACCAAUUUACCGAGAAAAGUUAAAGAAGUUUUCGCCCAGCUUUCCGGUUACAUGGGGACAGAGUAGGAGUUAGGUAGUUAUUGAUUUACCGGUGUUACCGCUCGGUAUUAAAAUUAUAUUCCGAGGUAAAAUUCCGGUAGAGGUAUAUACAUACUUAUAAUUAAUACUGGUAUUGAUUUGGUAGUAAUUUCCCACCGGAAUGGUAGAAAUUUUUUUAUGAGUGGUAAAUUUUUAGAUAUUACCAUGCCGGUAGAGGUAAUGAUCUAAUAUCAGUUUCCUAAGAGUGUAGAAAUCUGGUAUAGUCCGGCACGUAUUAAUUUGUCGGUACUAAAUAAACUUGCUACCGCUUGGUAUUAAAAUUAUACCGGUCGGUAAAAAAAUUUCUACUGAUAUUUGGUGACAUUUUGAUACCAAGCUAACAAGUAUUACUACACCAUACUGAUCAAUACCGCUUUGUGGUAUUCUAAUACUGGAUUUGUAAGAGUGUAGAAAUUUCUGCCCAAAAAUCUCACUGGGUUAGCUGUACAAAAUUAGUUACAAAAAAUAGUAACAUUUUAAAAAUUGUUUAAAAUCAAAAACCAAUUUAUAAUUUCAGAAAUUUUAUAUUUACUAAAAUAUACUUUUAUGCAGUUGUAUUUACGUAGUUCAUAUGUAUUUUAAUCUUUUGUACGUAAUGUUUUUUUAGCAUGUAGAAAUUUUACAAAAUCAGAGCAAAAAAUGAAUUUGCAUAAAGAGUGGAAAUGUAUUUAGGUAACAACGUUUUUAAUUACCAAGUAAAGUAAUGUCUCGUCUGCAACAAUGUAGUUUUGUAAGCUUCCUAAAUGAAAACUAUGUAGUUUUAUCAAUGUUUUAAAUAACUUGCAUAAAAAAUCUUGUUCAAAACAUUA